AUGCGGUACUUACGUCUUCGCUUACGCUCCUCAAUCUUGUUGAGUAUAACAAUAUUCGUUAUUGUCUUUAUUACACUACACGUAUUAAUAUGGUCAACGAAUGAGUUUGAAUUACUCGAAAAAACUCCAGAAUCUGUUCCUAAACCACCCGUUGCUAUAUCAUUUCUAUCAGCUCUCGAUCAACCAAAUAUUUAUGAUUUAAAAGCAUCACAAUCACAUACAUUAAAUAAACAUUCAUCAUAUAUAACUUCUCAUCGUAUUCAUGAACUUUUUCAAUUAGUACGUACUACUCGAAAUAAUCAACUAAAAUCAAAUUCUAUUAAUUCAACAUGGAAUUUUGGCAAAUUUAUUCCAAAAAAAGUAUCACCACAUAAUAAUAAUACAAAGACGAAUGUCGAUACAGCUGAUUCAGUCACUAUGAAAGAAAAAAAUCAUAAACUUCAAUUUAAUAUAACAACAACAGCUAAAAUUAUGAAUGAACAAGAUAAAAUACAACUAAGACAUUUUAUACAUUAUACAUUAACGAAAUGGAAAGCAGAUCAUGAAAAUGAUAAAUAUGUAAAUUUAGCUGAUAUUAUGCAUGAUGGACUUGCACAAGAUGAACCAGAAUUAAAUACGACAUGGUUUAAAUAUAUCAAAACGGUGACUAAUUCUCAUGUAUAUAAUCCCAAUACUCCUGAAUUCAAACAUCUUUUAAAUCAUUUACAAAAUGGUAAAAUCUCUGAAGCAAGUGAAAUGUCUCAAGGCACCCAAAUUAAAGUUAUUCUCAAUCUACCUAAUGGUUUUCAAGGAUUAUUAAAACCUUACAGGGUUCCUCGCAAUUAUCAAACACAACCAGAUCAUUUUUAUUUUAGUGAUAUUGAAAGACAUCAUGCUGAAAUCGCAGCAUUUCAUGUAGAUAAAAUACUUGGUUUUAAUCGUGUUCCUCCGUUGAUUGGACGAUUAUUGAAUAUAACCAGUGAUCUUCGUGAUAAAGCAACAGAAGAAUUAGCUAAAACAUUUUUUAUUUCACCUGCAAAUAAUACGUGCUUCCGUGGUCAUUGUUCAUAUUAUUGUGAUACAUCACAUGCUAUCUGUGGUAAACCAGGUGAUCAAUUAGAAGGUUCCGUUCAAGUUCUAUUACCAAGACCGCCAGAAGUUGAUUGGCAAAAAAUUUCUCAUCCAUAUCGUCGAUCAUAUAGUGCAACUCGAACUGCUCAAUGGGAAACAAAUGAAAAUUAUUGUUAUGAACAUGUUAUGAUAGAUGAAGAUUAUCAUAAUCGUUUAUUACUUGAUAUGAUGGAUUUAGCUGCGUUUGAUUUUUUAAUUGGCAAUUUAGAUCGUCAUCAUAUGAUGCGUAUUAGUGCAUUCGGUAUUAAUACAGCUUUGGUGCAUUUAGAUAAUGGUCGUAGUUUCGGACGAUAUGAUGCUGAUGAUUUAUCGAUUUUAGCACCUAUUAGACAAUGUUGCUUUUUUCGUUAUUCGACGUUUGCUCGAUUAUAUCGUGUUUAUAAUAAAGGUCUUUCAAAAUUAGUAUCAGAUUCUUUAAAUACUACUGAAUUAUUACAAAUGAUUCUUGUUAACGAACAUCUCAUUGCAAUUGAUCGACGUUUAGAAAUACUUUUUUCACAAAUUGAUAUUUGUAUUAAAACUUAUACAGUACAAGGUGUUAUGAUAGAUGAUGGCAUUGAUUAA